GUCUGCCUUUGCUACUGCUGCUGCUGGCCGGUCUAGAUCCCAGAAGUAGGACAUGAAAAUAUCAACAUCGCAUACCAACCACGAGUUCACUUCACUUACCUAACUUAUUUCCUUGCGGAAACCAGGAUUUUCCCUACCAUUUGUGAUUGUUAUAUCUUUUCAGGACACUUUCAAAAUGGUUUGGCAUAGUUUUAUUCAUUGAAGACUUGAUUUAUUAUGGAUUCUGCUAAACCUAACAGAGACAGGUUUCAGUUGAGCCGUACCCUGUUGAAGUACGAUUUGCGUCGAGAAUAUACGGUUAACUUCUGUUGAUGAGACACUCAGUCAAAACCAGUGUCUUACGACUUUCACAACAGAAUUACCAGUGAAGCUGGGAAAGUUUAGUUGGAAAAUGAAGAGCAAGUAGAGUAAAAUAGAACAGAUAGUGAAAAGAUGUAUUUAAUUGUUCAUAUGUUUAUAUUUCCAACUGUCUGAUGGUGUAAUUAAUAGACAGUUAGCCACAAUAUUUUCGAGACUAAAUCACUUCUAAAAAAAAGUAAUUAAAGUGGAAAAAGUCUUAUAGAACUGAAUUGCAAUAAUGGGAAAUUUAUAUACAUAUACUUUUAUGGAUUAAUGUCUAUACUAGCACUCUGUAGUUUAUCGUUCAGUUUAAUUUCAAUACAUCUUUAUUAUUGUCUGUGUAGUCUAAGUUUUCGUUUAGGGUGGUUCGUUGAUAUUAACACAGAAAUAAUAUCAAUAACAAAACAUUGAGCAAUUUUUUUUUUUUUUAAAGUUCGUCUCCCCUAAAUUCUUGUUGAUCGUUUUGUUUUCUAAACCAGUCUUCAUGAACGAAAAAACCUAGUUGAAAAACAAAAAAAAAUCCUCCCAAACUUCACUCCUUUGUUAUUUCUUUAAGACAAAAAUCAGGAAAAUUAAGAAAUGAUGUUUAACCAAGGAACUUUAAAACGAAAGCUGCUGCGAGAGACCGAUGAUCAACAAUGUAUUUGCUUCCAGCGAACCCUACAAGUCACUCCAGACAUGAUUCAUCGGCUGGGGUUAGAGAAAGACCUUGAGGGUCACCAAGGCUGUGUGAAUUGUUUAGAAUGGAAUGAUAAAGGAACGUUAUUGGCAAGUGGAUCUGAUGAUGUUCAAAUUAUUGUGUGGAAUCCAUUCCGUCAUAAGCGCUUAACCACAAUCAGGACAGGACAUCAAGGGAAUAUAUUUUCUUUGAAGUUUCUUCCCAACUCUAAUGAUUCGAUAAUUGUGAGUGGAGCAGCUGACUGCAAGAUCCGAGUCCAUGAUGUAAAUAUUCAGGAAACCACACAUGUAUUUGGCUGCCAUGCAGGCCGUGUGAAGCGACUAGCUACUGCUCCGAAUGUUCCGUUUAUGUUCUGGAGUGCUGCAGAAGAUGGCACUAUCAUGCAAUUUGAUCUGCGAACUCCAAUUAUCUGUGAUAGCACACCCCAGAAUGUUUUAAUCAAUCUUAAUGCACAUAUGGGACUUCAUGCUGAAGCAAAGUGCAUUGCUAUCAAUCCUUUACGGCCAGAUGAGAUGGCAGUUGGAGCUAAUGAUCCUUAUGUUCGGGUGUAUGACAGAAGAAUGUUGUCAUGCAAAAGUAUCAAAUUUCCUACUGAUAAUGGAUCACGGUUACAAUGGGAUAGCCCUGUGACUCCACCCAGCUUAAGGGAAGAGGACUACAACUUACAUUCGGGCUGUGUACAAUACUUUGUUGCAGGCCAUUUACCUCAGAAACAGAUGGACUACCGUAAGCGGUAUCGCACCCUUGCCUCCACCUAUGUCACAUAUAGUCCAGAUGGGUCUGAGCUGUUGGUUAACCUUGGGGGCGAACAAAUUUAUUUGUUUGAUGUAAAUAAAAAAAGAAAACCACAAAAGUUUGACACGUCUUUGGUACUAGGUAAUGCAAACGGCAUAGUAAAAGAAGCAACUCUAUCAACUAAUGGCUUCAGUGUACCACAUCGAGCAGGUACGAAUGGAGUUACAACACCAAUGGUGCCAAAAUCUAGUAGAUCAACAUCUCCUUCUUCCUCAACAACUUCAUUACAAGCAGAAGAUGAUCCUGAAAAGUUUAAAUGUAGGAUUGGGAAAAGGUAUAAACGAGAUACCAAACGUUUGUCACCUCCAGUGGAAGCUCUUAAAAAGAAAGCCAACAAUUAUUUUGAAAAAGACCAAUGUAGGAAAGCCAUUAUUUUAUAUAACCAAGCGAUUUCAAUGAUGCCUCAUGCUUCAGUUCUCUAUGGCAACAGAGCAGCAGCAUAUAUGAAGCGAAAAUGGGACGGAGAUUUGUAUGCUGCUUUACGGGACUGUCAUAGCGCUCUCCAGUUGGAUCUCAAUUAUUUGAAAGCUCAUUUCCGUCUGGCUCGCUGCCUCUAUGAAUUGUCAUGGCCCCAAGAAGCUCAUGACUGCUUACAGCAGUUCAAGUCCAAAUUUCCAGACUAUGCCAGAAACAGUGCCUGUGAGACUCUUGACAGAGACAUCAAAGCUGCAAUGUUUUCAAAAACUGAUCAUGAUGAAGCCGAGUCAGGGAAGAGUGAAAGUGAACUAUCCUCUCGCAAAAAGGCUAUGGCAAUAUCUGAACAGGAGAAAAUAUGGCGAAGAGAUGCUUAUGAUUAUGAGAUGAGGUUCUGUGGACACUGUAAUACAACCACUGAUAUUAAAGAAGCUAAUUUUUUCGGAAGUAAUGGUCAAUACAUUGUUGCUGGAUCCGACGAUGGUUCAUUUUUUAUUUGGGAGAAAAGUACAACCAACAUCGUACGGGUGCUACAUGGAGAUGAGUCAAUUGUUAACUGUUUACAGCCACACCCUACUUACUGCCUUUUGGCCACCAGUGGUAUAGACCCUGUGGUACGUCUCUGGAGUCCAAGAGCUGAGGAUGGGACAAAGAAUGAGCGAGAAAUUGAUAACUCAGAUGAUGCAGCAUUAGCCAACCAAAGAAGAAUGAAUGCAGACCCACUGGAAGUGAUGCUGAUGAAUAUGGGAUACCGGAUCACUGGAGUAUUAGAUAUGGAUGAUGAAGAUCAGGAGAGUGGACCGUCUACAGAUAGCCGAAGUGCCAUGGUGAGGUGAUAAAUUUUCGGCAAAUCGAAGCCACAGCCUGGUUUCAAUUCCUACCCAGAACCAUUUCAUUUCUGACACUAAUGCCUUUGGGGAGGGCAUGAAGAUCACAAAUCCCAUGUCAUUUUCUCAAGUCUGAGGCAUGCAUCAUGUCUGCUGAAAGAAAGAUUUACAUCCUAUGAAAUAUUAGUGGUGGAGCUGUUAUGAAGUGGUAUUCUUUCAUCUCAGUGUUUCUACAAACAUUUCUUUCAUAUUGGACUUGUGAUAUUUGAGCAAGAAUUUUUUUUUUUAUGUAGUUAUUUUUAACCCUUUAGCAUUCGGAUUACUGUCAAAUGUAAUGCUUAUUUAUUCACAUUGUUUUGAAUUAAUCAUGCAUUAUCUUGUAGUUUUGAUAAUGUGAUUAUUUUUAUAAUAACAUUGUAGUAGUGUAUGUGUGAGAGGCUGCAUCUGGCCAGUUUGAACUUAAAACAGGUAGAAUAUGUAGGCCAGAUAUUACUGGUUUAAAUGAAUCAAAGUUUAUGUUUAAGAUAGAAGAGGUGAAAUAGUUGAGCUGAUCUAUUGUAUUAGUGGCAUUAAAAAAUAAAACCAUGAUUUUUCUUUGAAAAUAUUAGUAAAAAAGAAAAGGGUUUUCUCUUUUUAAAAGAAGCCAUUUAUAAACAAGUUUCAUUUUAUUUUUUUAGAAGUUACUUAGUAACAGAAGGGCAGUACCUCUCAUGAGCUUCACAUAUUCUGGCAAGAUUGAUGCUUAAUUUGAACAUGUCAGUUAACAUCUGCCGGAAGAGAAAGAUCAAGGGGGUGCCUUUUAGGAAUGAAGGCUAGGUAAAAUGUAGUGGAAGAAGGAGAGAGAGAGCAAGGGAUAUCGAGUGAUCCAGGGUAGAUGUAUUCAGUAAAGUAGAAUCGUUUUUGAUAUUGGUUGAAUAAGCAGAGAGAAAAAAAUAUCUGAGUGAAUCUUUACAAAUCACAAUCAGCUUGAUCUUUUGGCUGCAAUCUACAAUAUGUUUGUUCUCCAGCAGCCAUAUUCCAAUGAGGGCCUUGAAUUUCUUUGCAUUUUCAAAUGACAAGAGCAGGCCUGAUCUUUCAGGUUGCAGUUUGGCAGGCCAGCUCCUAUUCAAACCGUCCAACUCAUGCCAGCAUAGAAAACAAACAUUAAAUGACAAUGACAUUGAUUCUUAGAAGAGAAUGCACGGCUUAGAAUUUCUAGUGAGUUUGAGAGGUUUUAAUUUUGUUGUUUAUCAAGUGGGUAUAUGAUACAAAAAUGUUUUCUUGCCUUAAGUAGGGAAUAUUAUUUGGAGUUUUACACUGACUUCCAUUAAAGAAUGUUUUCAAGGUUUCUGUUGAAGGCAGCAGCUCAUAUCUAGCAUAAAUUAUCUAAAUUGCAAUGGAAAGAGGCCUUUGUAUGUGUACUUGGAAGGUUAAUGAGUUAAGUGUGGUUCCAUCUGCAUAGGAGAUGAAGUAAGAAGUGACAGAGAAAGCAUUAAUGUAUAGCAAGGAGUGUAAAAGAUAUAACUGACCCUGGGGUACAUCAGAAUUUUUAGUGUUAGUAAUCUCUUGAGAACACACAAUCUAUCCAAGGUAUGAGAGAUGAAAUUUUGAAGUUCCUACUUGUAAAGACUCCAGACCAUUCAUUGACUGGAAAAUCAGUGUUGUACCUGUAGUCUAAAAAGCCAGUAGCUUAAGUAGAAAUUUCUCAACAUUAUAAAUAUAGUUGAAUAUUUCCUGUCAAAAGCAACAGCAUUCUUCUCACUGAAGUUCUUUUGUUUAGUCUCGAGGUAAAAGCAAGAUGGGUAGCAGAUGUGGCUUUAUCAACACAAAUGUUAUUUACUCCCAUAUUAGUCCUAGAGUGGUUUGACUGCUACAUAAUUAGUGGCCUUACAAAUCUUUACAAUUGUUUACUUUGAUCAAAGGAGAGUUGCAAUUUCGAUGAAAGAUUAGGUAAAGUGUCCAGAUAGGUUGACAAAAGCCUUGUGCUGGUUUGGGUCAAGGUGGUAUGAAGUGGCAACAGAAAGAAAAAAAUGUUUCAGUACCAAUGAGCAACAUAUUGCUUAAGCAAAGUUCUUUUCUUUUUGGGUGUGGAGCACUUUUUGGUCUUGAAACAAAAUAUUCAUUGUAAAAGAACUUAGAAUACUUCCAAAAUGAGGAACUUCCAUAAGGUCAUCAAAAAUCAUAUUUAGUGUUUAUACAUGUUUCAUUUUGUAUUAUAUAUAACUAGACUGUUUUAAAAAUUAAUUUUCAGGUCCUCAUAACACACUAUUUUGUUGUUAGUGAAAAACAUAUUGAGGUGGCAAGAGGAUAAAAGUGAUGUCAGAAUAUGAGAGUAUAGAAGUAUUAUUAAUCUAAAAGUGGAGCUGAAAGUAAUGCAGAAAAGAUUAGCGAGAUUAUUCCUUUUUUCUUAUGUUGGCUUUAUUAGUGAAGUUUCAUGUAUCCAUAAUUUUUCUAUCUCUAUCGGCUUAAAAAAGAAAACAAGCAGUAAAAAAAAGCAGAUUGUUUCUCUCACUACUGAAGUUAAAUCAAAUGUAACGCAAUUGUUUAAAUGGUUUGUCUAAAACAACAGGAUAAACUAUCCCCUAAAAGAUUGGUACAAUAACUUCCUGUCAAAGGCAAUCGUUAUUUUUGAAAGUAGAGAGAGGUCAUGGUCAGAGAAAAAAAAGCCAUGAACAUGCAUUACUUGAUUUUCAAUGAACACUUUGUUGAUUAAUAAAAGUACAUUGAAAUUGC